AUGCUACUCUUAUCAAGGAACAGUGGGUGGAGGGCGUCCAAUCCAGGUGUUCUGCAGGAUUGGGUGUGGGAGGCUGGUGAAACAGCCAACGAGACCUGUCCAGUGGGGUCCCUGCGGACGGUCUCUGCCGUGAAUUCUUGUCACCAAGGCCGUAUCCCUCUGUACUCAGUCGGGGUGGAGUCAGCCCAGCAGGUCCAGAAAGCAGUUCGAUUUGCAAGACGGCACAACCUUCGCCUUGUCAUUCGUAACACUGGACAUGAUCUAGCGGGGAGAUCGAGUGCCCCAGACUCUUUUCAAAUUCAUACUCAUCGCCUACAGGAGAUCCAUUUCCACACCAAUCUGCGUCUCAAUGGAUCUAAUGCGUCCCUAGGGCCAGCAGUGACGGUUGGUGCAGGUGUAAUGAUGGGAAAUCUCUACUCUCAAGCUGCUCGUAAUGGUUACAUGGUGCUUGGUGGGGAUUGCCCGACAGUCGGAGUAGUCGGAGGCUUCCUUCAGGGAGGAGGAGUGUCAGACUUUCUAAGUCUUAACCAAGGGUUAGGUGUUGACAACGUGCUCGAGUAUGAGGUUGUGACAGCGGAUGGAGAGAUCGUGGUUGCUAAUGCACUCCAAAACCAGGACCUUUUUUGGGCUCUCCGAGGCGGUGGAGGGGGGACAUUUGGUGUCGUCACUCGAGCCACCAUGCGUGUCUUUCCGGAUGUUCCUGUUGUGAUCUCUGAGAUCCUUCUUGAGGCCUCCAAAUCCAAUUCGUCAUCAUGGACCCAGGGAUUGUCAGUUGUUCUUACUGCUUUACAGUCGCUUAACCGCGAAAAUGUUGGUGGACAACUAGUCAUUGUAGUGCUGCCUAAGCUUGCAGUUCAGGCAAGCAUCAAGUUUUUUUUUCUCGAUGCAACCGAGACGGCCGCCAUUGAUCACCGCAUGAAAUCAUUUCUUACUGAGCUCAGCCGCGCCAACGUCAAAUACGCAUAUUCAUCUAAGGGCUUACCACACUUCAGUUCCAAUUACAGACAGGUUCCAGAUAUCCACGCUGACAACGAUUACGGCGUUCUUGGAUCUACUGUGGCGAUUUCCCAACAGCUAUUCGACUCCCCCCAGGGGCCGGAGAAAGUUGCUAAUGCACUUGCAAAUCUCCCCAUGUCCCCUGGCGACCUUCUCUUUACCAGUAAUCUUGGUGGUCGUGUUAUUCUCAAUGGGGGACUGGCUGAAACGUCGAUGCACCCUGCUUGGCGUGCAGCCUCGCAACUCCUCAAUUACGUACAUACAGUCGAGCCUUCCAUUGAAGGCAGGGCAAAAGCUCGUGAAAAGCUAACCAAUAUUCAGAUGCCUAUGCUAUACGCUAUUGAUCCUAAGUUCAAGCUUUCGUAUCGCAAUGUUGGAGACCCUAAUGAAAAAAACUUUCAACAAGUCUAUUGGGGAUCAAAUUAUGGACGCCUUUCUGAUAUCAAGAAGAAAUGGGAUACUACGGAUCUUUUUUUCAGCAAACUUGGUAUUGGUAGCGAAAAAUGGGACUCCGAAGGUAUGUGCCGGAAGCAUCAGGAGGCAUUCUACCAGAAAAUGAGGAGAUUCAUCUCUUUGACUACUUUCACGCUGAAGAAUUAG